CCUUCAGUCAUCCAUUCGGCCAGACUCAGACUCAGUCGCCACCGUUAACUCUUUGAAACUGGACGCAGCGAGCGGCAAAAGCGACGCGGGCGCGCCAAAUUCAACAGAGAAAAUAUAUUUAAUUCAAAAACACAAUUUAUAAAAAAAUUAAAAAACACAUUGGAAUAAUUUGAAAUAGUUUAAGAGAAAGUGCUAACGAAUUUAGCGCUAGAAUAAUUAUUAAGCCCAAGUGCAGUGUGACUAUUUAAUUAAAGUGUGACCAAAACUGCAAUCGAAUAUUGAUCAUUGCUUUAGUGUAAAGUGUUGUUUAGUGAGUCGCCUCCCCUUCCCUCUCCGCGAUUACUGAUCACUGACAAAACUACCCCUAACAAAAUCGAAUCACCCCCACAUAACGACACUUGAGAAUUGAGUUGCAUGUGAACCGGCGAUCCAAUGAAAAUGGAAGAUCCCACCAUUGCAGACACAUAUGUGCAGGAAUUUAAUUUGGAUCAUUUGGGAGUUGGUGUCGCCGGUAACUCAGUGACCACACUAACGCCCGUCUCCGUGGCCGCCAUUGGACAUGUGAAGCGCGAAGAUCACAGUCCACCACAGCCGGUCAAAUGGACGACAGUGCACGGCGCAGAGCCGCCAGCGGAUGAUGAGUCGGAACCGAUGCCACUCGCAAUGCCACUGCCAAUUGCUGUGCCGGAAGCAGCCGCCGGGGACGUCGUCCAACUGGCGGCCGAAUCACAUAUUAAGCUACGCUCUUUUUCGGGCCAACAGUGGCAGAUGGACGAGCGGCGUCUGCAGCCGCUAAGUCCGCCGCCCGAGGGCUACGUGGGCGGACCGAUGGGCGGACAAGCCGUGCUCGUGAACACUUCCUCCUCCUCCUCGUCGGCAGCAGCGGCGGCUGUGGCUGCUGCAGCGGCUGCUGCAUCCGCCUCUGCAUCCGCCUCAGCCUCCGCUGUGCCUGGCGGCGUACCCAGCACACCGCCUGAGACGCCGCCCGUGGUCGGUUCCCCAACGGGCAGCAGCAGCUGUCCCAGUCAGGCGUAUGCGCAUCACUACCAUGCCGGUCCCAGUAAUGCCACCGCGAAUGUGGCUGCUGUGGGUCUGUGUCAGGAAAUGAGAUGGCUGCCCAAUGCGAUGCGCGCCGAUCAACAGCCACUGGAUCUGCGUCCACUGGCCUGUCCCGGUUCGCAGGAAGAGGCCGAGGAAUGGGAACGUCAGCGGGAAUAUGCGAUGCAUGCGGCAGCGGCGGCUGCACACCAUCAUCAUGGCCAUCCGCUGAUGCAGAGUCACCAUCAUCAUGGACCGGGCCGGCUAAUGGCGCAGGCACAGCAUCCCUCGCAUCAUCAUUUCCACAGUCUGGAGCACGCGCUGCCCAUUAACAUGCACUCGAAUUCCACCAACUCAUAUGCGGGCAGUCCGGGUCCCGUGACCGUGCUCGGACCCGGCGGUUCGCUCUGCCCCACGAUCAGCCAAUGCGGACCACAUAUGCCAUCGGCGGGCAGCAGUAGCGGCGCCAGCAGUGGCUCCAAUUCACGCGGCUGUGUGCGCUCCAUACUGCAGCCGUGUCGUCCGCUCUCGGCCAGCUCCUCACGCAGCUCAAACAACUCGCCACGCACGUGCUCCGGCGCAUACAGCAAUGCGACGCUUGAGGAUUGCAUCAACGAUGACAUGCUGACUACACUGACGGUGCGGGAACUUAAUAAACGCCUUCAUGGCUGUCCACGUGAGGAGGUUGUGCGUCUGAAGCAGAAACGUCGCACGCUCAAGAAUCGCGGCUAUGCCCAGAACUGUCGCUCCAAGAGACUACAUCAACGACACGAACUGGAGAAGGCCAAUCGCCAGCUCAAUCAGGAUCUGCAUCGACUCAAGCUGGAGUAUUCGCGCGUCUGCCAGGAGCGCGACACACUGAUGCAGCGUCUGCAGCAACAGCGAACGGGCGCCGCCGGUGCGGACAGCCAGAGUUCACCCGAGUUCUAUCUAUGACGCCAACUGGCGGCGGCCUCAUCAGCUUCCACCUCAACGAACUCGCAUCAGUUGCAGUCGCAGCCACAGCAGCAGCAUCGUGCCUCGCAUACACACACACAUUCGCAUCCACAUGGGCAUCCUCAUCCGCAGUGGCCACCUCAGCAGGUGGUCAAUUAAGUAAACUACACAUUAAGUGAAGCGUGGCUGAAGUCAUUUCCAAAGCAAAUCUACCAUUUUAAGAAUCUUCCAAUUUCAAAACUAUACAAGGUUUAUCCCCUCGACUUAUAUUCUUUACAUUCUUCACAUUUGUUUAGAAAAUUCUUUCACAAUUAAUCUAUAAUUAAUUCUGUCUUAUUCUAAAAGUGUCUCUAAAAGCUUUCUAUGAUCUCUUAAACAAUCCCUUCUCAACUAUUUUCAAGAGUCCAUCUAAAAAUAUUUCAAUCUUUCUCUGAAAUUCAUUUAAUUUAAUUUCUUCAUCAUUUAAAUUUAACUUCUAAUUUCUUUAAUAAGAUAUUCUGAUCUAAGUCUAUAAUAAUAUCUUCAAUCUUUUUCCUAUAUUACGAUUUGCUUUGCGGCUAACUUCAGUUGCUCAACAACUGCUAAAGGUAUUUUCGAGCAUUUAAUUGAAGAAGCAUGAAAUUCAUGAUAAAAAAAAAACUACAUAUAUUUCACUUUCGAUUUGUGACAAUAAAUUUUCAACUAAUUUUGUAAGUUCUUGUUAAGUUAUCGAAUCGAUUCGAUGCGAUACGAUUCGAAUCGAAACUUUGGCUGAAUAAUCAUCAUCAUUUCAUAUAUACACAUUGAUCGCACACCCCGAAACACAUAGGGCAAUUUUAUUGAUUAAAAUAAUGUAUGACAAGCAUUAGAAUUUAUUUGUAUUUGUAUUUGUUUAGUUUCAGCUACUGAUUAAUGAUAAAUCGAUCGGUUGAACUGUCGGAUCGGACAUUCGAUCGAUCACAACAUUGUAUUACAAAUUACGAGUUAGUAACACACGCUUAUUUGUUGAUUAGUUCUAGCUUUAGUUUCCCUAGUAUUAAGCGAGAGAUAUCAUUAAACAAACAAAACAUACUUAUAUAGUAUAAACCCAAUACGAGUAUAUAGUAUUUAUAUAUACUAUGUCUAUGUAGUCUGAGGUUCUACAAAAAUAAAUCUGUAUAGCAUGUUUCGCUUUCAUUUGGUUUCCACACAUCCUAAUCCAUAAAACAAAGGUUGUAUUAUGUUUUAAACACAACACACGCUGACACUUGACACUCGAAACUGCAACUAACAACUACAAUAAAUCAAAGUCCUAUAAACUCAAUGAGAUCAACGACGAAAUAAAUCAAAUUAUUUGUAAAUACAAAAUAAAUUGUAUAAAUUAUAAGCUAAACCAUUCGCUGUCUGUCUUUACAAUUAAAGUUUAAAGAAUACGAUACGAAAAAUUGUGAAUAGUUCUUAAGUGUGCAUAAUGAAACUAGUAAUAAAUGCAAAACAACUAUAAAAUAAAAUACAACAAACUGUGUUUCUUAA